GGACAAUAUGUGGUAUUGCAAGCAAGACAAAAACUGUCCAAAUCAGUUCAGUUCUAUGUUGAGACACCUUUUUGCUUGAGGGAAAAAGCUGGUUGUGUGGAUCCGAAUGCUUCUGGUGUAGUGGGGUUACUUCUGCAUACAUACAUCCGAUCCGGUAGACUGGGUCAGUCAUUACUAUGUCCAUAUGAUGUAUUACUAUAUAAUAUGCAGUUGUUAAUGGCACUGGAGGGAAAAAAAACAACCUGGCCAUGUCAAAGUGCUUGACCAGUAUGUGGUAUGUUUUCAUUUCUGUUUGAUGGUUUAACUCAGGGGUGUUCAAUCUUAUCCACAAAGGACCAGUAUGGGUGCAGGUUUUCAUUCGAACUCAGCAGAAGCCACUUCUGAGCCUAUUGAAAGCGAAGAUGAUUAAACAGGUAUGAGGAAUUAGGUAUGGCUUCUGCUUAACAGGAAUAAAAAAAACCUGCACCCACACCAGCCCUCUGGACACCCCUGGUUUAACUGGUCUGUCAGAUUAUGAUGGUUAUAUUAUCAUAUCAAAUGCCAGACUGUGUUCCAGAUGCAGACACUGUAAGGUAUUUGAAGAUUCUGCAGCCAACUUACGAAAAGUCUCUCCCUAGUUCAGCGACUCAGAACAUGUACCAGCAUGACUUAAGCAGCUCCUUUGUAUUUAUGUAUGCAUUCAAGGCAUCUUAUCAUAUCAGAGACUAGCUAAAGGGCUAGAGACAGGAGUUCAAAUAGAGAAUCUUUUUUUUUAAAACCCGAUUUGCUCUGUUUAGCAAACUGACCACGUGGCUUUUGGCUGAAAUACAAAGUUGUUGAUGAAAAUAAAAAUAUUUAAAGGUGGUAGACAAAAGUGGUAGUGUCAAGGGCUACUGUGAAACAAAAAAGAAAUAACCAUUUUAAAAGAAAUAGUUUACUAAUUACUAUUACAAAGGCAAUUUUAAGAAACAGUAAAGCAAUUAGUAAAUCUCAGAUAUGUAUUGAUCAAUUUAAUAUAGGAAUAAGGAAGCUGGAAAAUAUCUACUUGGCUGGCAUGAUAAUGGAAAUAUGCUAAUAUCUAAACAGUAAAUUAUCUGUUGUUGCCAUCUCUAAAUUGUUUAUAGUGUGUGAAUGGAUGUGAGUGUGUGUGAGUGUGUGAUUUUGCCCUCAAAUGGACGUGCACUCCGUCCAUGGUGUCCCCUGGGAUAGGCUCCAGGCCUAAAUAUGACAAAACCCAGUAGAUAAUUUCAUUUGUGUCUAAGUCCACUGUAAACCUCUGAAUAAAAAGACUAUUCUAUUUAAGAGCUGCUGCAAUGGACUUAGAAGGCCUGAAUGAUGCCUGUCCUGCGGUAUACCGUGCUGCACUGAAGCUUCGCUCCCUGCAGAAACUAUGCCAUAUGCAUAUGGUCUUGAUCCAGGAUGUGCGCUCAGCUCUCUGGGCUGCAGAUGAUUUAGGGAAUAUUUCCCAAGAAAACCUGAAGCAGAGCCUUGAACAACUCUUCCAGGGUGUGUUACAGAAAUUACCUGUUCAGGUGGUACCAGAAGCUACAGAGCAGACUGCCAGACUUCUCUUCAAGCUGUAUGACAGGGAGAAGACUGGCUUCGUCCAUCUCAGAUCUGUGGAAGCGGCACUGAUAGUGCUUUCAGGAGACACACUUUCCGCCAAACACAGAGCUCUGUUCCAACUGGCUGUUAGCUGUAGCAGAAGACAGGGCAUAGAGGACACUUUUGUCAGCCGUGCCGGUCUCAGGAACCUUCUGGAUGACCUUAGUCAGGUGCCAGCCGUGGUUCAGGAGAGCCAUGUGUUUGGUCCUGUGAAGGCUGCAAUCCAAUCCUGCUUCACUGGGGUUAACAGUGGGAGGACAGAGGAGGAACAUUUUGUGAGCUGGCUGCAAUCAGAGCCUCGUUUGCUGCUGUGGCUCUCCACCCUUUACAGACUUUCAGUUAGUGAAGCAGUACAGCACAGAGUUCACUGCCACGCCUGCAAGGCCUUCCCCAUCACAGGCCUCAGGUAUCGCUGUUUGAAGUGUUUAAACGUCCACUUAUGCCAAAACUGUUUCCUGAACAAGAAGCGUACAAGGAAGCACAAGCCUUCACAUCCAGUUCUGGAGUACUGCACUCAGCCCUCAUGGAAGGAAUCAAUGGCAUCAUUUGCAUCCAGUGCUCGCCAUGUCCUUCUGCCACGGCGCUACACCAGGAGAGAAACAGAGAGGAGCAGAGCUCUAAUAGCUGGAUCUAAUGGAGAAACACAUGACAGGUACAGAAAAGGUUUGAGUGUAUUCAUUCAUGUGAAUGCUCAUUCUUUCAGCUGUACUCUUUCUCUCAGUGAUCAAGAGUGUGUGGAUAAUCUGGAAGGUUUGAACAUCAUUGUCUCUGAAAAUGUUCCUCCUCCUCCUCCUCCUCCUACUCUACAACUUAACAUGGAGUCAAAAUCACUCCAGACAGAUGAAUCUGACACCCAGCCUCAGAGAAAGAUGUCAUUACUCCAAAAGGACCUAAGCAUCACGCAAAAUGCCAUGAAAGAUCUGCAGAGAGAUAAAGGGCUUUUGGAGAAAGAAUUUCAGGUGUGGAAAGAAGCUGCACAGUCAGAACAUGACUCUCUGGAAGACAGGUGCAAGGAGCUAGAGGCCACUAUGGGGGCGCUGAUCCAGCACAACCAACAGCUAGAGCAGGAGCUAGGACAAGUCAGACAUGCAUUGAGUAUGAGAGGAAGAGAUGAGUUUGGAAGUAACAUCUCCACUCCUCCUCCACGACAACACAGCAGAGAUAACACCACCGAGAACCAGUUCACAGAAUCUGAAUGUCCAGCUCCAUGCACUACUACAGAAACGGAUCAGGAAAUACUGCUUGGGGAAUCGAGGGGGACCGAACAGCAGAUGGAGGAAGAAGAAGAAGAAGAAGAAGAAGAAGAAGAAGAAGAAGGAGAAGAAGAGACUCUGAAUCAGGUGCAAGAGGCAAGGCAUACAGAUGUAGUAGUUACAGAAACCCGUGUGACCGAGACAAAGGAAGAGGUCCAACAACCUGUUGGGGAAUCUGAAGAAGAAGAAGAGGAUGAGGAGGAUGAAGAGGAGCCACAUCUUUACAGACAAGAGCUUAUGAGUAAUGAUACAACCUUAUACAGACCUGUUGAAGUGGAGGAUUCUGGGAAAGAUAACUCGGAUGAAGAAGAAGAAGAAGAAGAAGAAGAAGAAGAAGAGCUUUGUGACCUUGUGGAAAGACUUCAUGGUGCGCUUCUAUCCACACCAACAGGAUGUGGUUCAUGUCAAACAGAGGCACUGCUACAAGCAGCAGGAGAGGUUGGAGAUUCACUGUCUCACCUUGUUACUUCUCUCAAAUCAACCCCUUCACCCGGACAAGGCACGGAACAGAGGUCAGCAAACAGCAGUCCACCCGGCAAAGCCUUGUGCCAUCAAGCAAGUUUCAUUCACCACCAAUAAAACCUUUCUCUUUUGCAAGGCUGCUUGUUCCACGCCAUGUUGGUUGCCCAACACACUCGUAUGUGUCAGUUGCAUCGAUUUUUAAGCAUGGUUAAGCAAUCCAUGUCACUCAGAACUCAGCUUUAAUAGUUGUUGCAGUUAAUAUUCCAGCACAGAAAUACCUUAUUCGAUAUAAAUCCAAACUGUUUUAAAUUACAUUAGGACUAUGUCAUGAAUUCUGUAUAGAAUUGUAUAAUUAAUUACUAGCUUCAGUUCAGCUCUUCAGGAAUUUGGUCUAACUGGAAAAACUUGAAACGGAAAUAUUCCCUGUCAACGUUCACGUUAGUCUGAACAUGUAGACGUCUGAGGAUGUCCUUUAUGAGUAGCUUGUGACCUUUUUUGUAUGAUUCAUAUACAUAAAGAAACUUAAAUCUGAAAUUUUCAAAUGAACUUA